ACUGCUGGUGGGAGUGAGAGACGUUGGCAUCUGGCACCCGGCAGUUACAUUUUGAAAAGCUUGAAAUCAAAAUUGGAGAGAGAGAGAGAGAGAGAGAGAGAGGCGCUGCUGUUCUUUCUCAGGGAUCAUGUGUUCGAACAACCCCGCAAUCAUGGCUAGUUCUUUGAGUCCUCCCCAGCGUUAAUAUUUCAAGCUCCUCCUUAAAUCGCUCCUGCAAAAUCCCUCUGAUCUUCGCUACUGUCCUUUUGAGGAUAAAUUAGAAAUCGUUGAACAUUAUUAAUGGAUUUUAAAGCUUCUCGAUCCUCAACAAAAAGGACAAAUCAGAAGCUCUACUUCAAUCGGCCAUUGCCGAGUCCUUGAAGAUUCUCGCCUAACACUCGCCCAUUAUCUUCUUCUCCUCUUUUUAUUUCUGGGGCAUUUUGAGAAGCAAUCUCUGGUGGAGUUUGCUUGUGUUUGAGGGAAAGUUCAAUCGGAUGGAACCUUUGGUUAAGAAGAAUGGUGGAGUUUUUGGGAGUAGAAAAACUGGGUUUGAAUCUUUGGGAACUCGCGGAUUUGGGUCCGAGUUGCUCACCGAUUCAGCUAGUGAGUGUAGACGAAGCGGUGGUUCGAGCAGUCCCAGCUCUGAUUCCUCUACCGAUCACGAACGGAGGGCCAAGCCCAAGCACUGUUCUUCUUCUUCGCUGAACCCUUUAGGGUGGCCUAUUCGGAAGGCCAAGUGCUCGACUUCUGAUGUCAGUGAAGAUGAUGAACGCGAAUCCCACUCUGCUAAUUCAAAAUUUAAAACGCAGUGUUCGACGAUUUCAGAGAUUGAGAUGAUGAAAGAGAGAUUUGCGAAGCUGUUGCUCGGUGAAGACAUGUCAGGUUCUGGAAAAGGGGUUUGCACAGCUUUGGGGAUUUCAAACGCCAUUACUAAUCUCUGCGCCACGGUUUUUGGGCAACUUUGGAGGCUAGAACCGUUACCUCCAGAGAAGAAAUCGAUGUGGCAGAGAGAGAUGGAUUGGCUUCUAUGCGUCAGUGAUCAUAUUGUUGAAUUAAUACCCUCGUGGCAAACAUUCCCGGAUGGAACUAAGCUUGAGGUCAUGACUUGCAGACCACGAUCAGACCUUUUUAUCAAUAUCCCGGCUUUGCGAAAAUUAGACAACAUGCUUCUUGAAAUAUUAGAUAGUUUUAGCAGUACAGAGUUUUGGUAUAUAGAUCAAGGAAUCAUAUCAGCAGAUGCUGAUGGGUCUGUUUCAUUCCGUAAACCCCUUCAACGGCAAGAGGAGAAGUGGUGGCUGCCUGUACCCCGUGUCCCAGCUGGUGGUCUCUGUGAAAAUACUCGGAAACAGUUGCAGUACAAGCGUGAAUGUGCUAACCAAAUUUUAAAAGCUGUCCUGGCUAUCAACAGCACCGCUUUAGCUGAAAUGGAAGUCCCUGAUACAUACUUGGAAACUCUGCCAAAGAAUGGAAGGGCAGGCCUGGGCGACAUUAUUUACCGGUAUAUUACUUCAGAUCACUUCUCCUCCGAGUUUCUGCUUGAUUGCCUUGACCUGUCCUCUGAACAUAUUGCCCUGGAGGUUGUGAACCGUGUGGAGGCCUCAAUAUAUGUGUGGCGUCGAAGAACUCACUCAAAACCCAUAGCUAAUUCAAACCGCUCUACUGCAAAAUCGUCAUGGGAAAUGGUCAAGGAUCUAAUGGUUGAUGGAGAUAAGAGAGAAUUGCUUGCAGAAAGAGCUGAAAGUCUCCUCCUUUGCUUGAAGCAGCGGUUCCCUGGUUUGACCCAGACUACCUUAGACACCACCAAAAUUCAGUGCAACAAGGAUGUCGGGAAGUCUAUUCUAGAGAGCUACUCGAGAGUUUUGGAGAGUCUGGCAUUUAACAUUGUAGCUCGUAUUGAUGAUCUACUAUAUGUGGAUGACCUAACUAAGCAUUCGGAUACACUCUCAUCGGUUCCUACUACAGUCAGUGUCAUUGCUCACAAGAAGGUUUCAAUUCCCUACUCCAUGCCUAUGUCAAGCACUCCGUACAAAACAAAAUAUACCACGCCCAGCCGUUCACCUGCAUCAAUGGUUAGCCCUUCCAGAGGGGAGAGAACUCCUUUCCUCAGCAGCAACAAGCCUCCUCGCCGUGGCUUUGGAGUCAAAAGAGUCCUUACGAAUUAUCUCGGCGUGGAGACCAAAAGCAAAAGCUCUGGGAAUCAAACAGAGGGAUUGGGUUUGGUUUUAAACCCAACUGUUGAAGCACCUGCAUCUCGGACUGGCGUGGAAGGCUUGGAGCAUCAUCCGAAGUAACCGGCUGGCAAAAAUGGGAGUAGGUUGCGGCAAAGUGUUCAGUGAGUUCUCCUGAGCUGGCUGAAAUGGGGAGAUAAGAAAGAGGGACAUUAUUCAAGAACCAAGAAAGAUUAUAACCGGAGAACUCUUUGUAACCAAUUAUCUUGAUUGGUCAGAAGCAGAGAAUUAGUGUGUUGCUUGAUUUCCUUGUCUAUUGUAGUUCUUUUACCAAAUCAGGUUAUUUAGCACGUUAUAGUUUUAAGUGUAAAACUGAAAAAAGAUUAUAGUUGUAAUUGAGUGUAUUAUUUAUAGAAUGGGAAUUGUUUUAGCAAA